AUGGCGGAGGAUGCUGUCGCGACGGACAAGAAGUGCGGGCGAGCGCUCUGGUCGAUACGCGCGGGCGGCGUGCGGUGGACGGUGCAGCUGCACGGGCUCGCCGCAAAUGAGCAUGAUACAUCAAUGCAAGACACGACGGGCGAGCGGGCGCACCUUCAGCUGACGGCGAGGGCGGCCGAGAGGACGGGUGCAGCGUACAGAGGGAGGAACGCACCGGUUCACGGCUCCGCAAGCAGCAAGGAGCGCGCUGUCGAUGUCGUGAAUGGGAGACUUGAGGUGGCCACUGAAGACGCCGUGUGCGCCGUCCGGCGUGCGCACGCGGAUCACGGGCGCGACGCCCUGCGCAACACGCUCGUCCCGGAUCCCGAACACGCUGCGCUUGACGCCCUCCAGCAGCUGCGCGCUGCGCCCGCGGCGACCGCCUUUACAAGCGCACGCCCGUUCUGCGCGAACUCGCCCUCCUUGUCCGCGAUCGUGACCGCGUCCACCGCCGCCGCCGCGCUUUGCUACUUUCUUGACCCGCCCGCCGUCGCUCGCGUACAGCACCGUCAGCGGCGGCGCGUCGAUCGCAGGGAGCGGCUCCGCGUACGCCUUCUGCGCCCGCGCGCGGCAUGCGUGGCUUCGCCGCUUGACGUCGCUCUCGGAGACGUCUCCGGCGUGACCGACGUGGUGGAUAGCGCGGUGCGGGGAAGGAGGAUGCAUGGCGGCGUGUGUGCCAGCAAGCGGCAGUGGCGCGGCGUGGGGAUGCGCGGAUGCGGACACUGCGCGGGCUGGGAUGCGCGAGAAGUGGAGGUGAAGGGCGCGGCUGCGGCUGCACGAGGAGGACGCGGGCGCGCAACUGCAGCACGGAUGUGCCAAGGCGGACGGCGGGAGCGCGAGUGUUUUCAACCCCUGACAAGGCAUGCCUAUGCGGGCGUGCGAGCGAUCGGCGAGCGGACGCCAGUGGGACGCAGGACAGUGUGA